AUGGUUUUCUUCAUUUGUCUUGUCAGGUUAUUGCCACCCGCCACUAUGAUGUGCUUGUUUAAAUUAACUGGAGUGUCCCUCAUCCUGUCCAUACUUCUGUGUAUCGCAGACUCUUAUCCAAACAGCGACAUGACAAACAUGGUCUGUGAGGAAUGCAAACUGAGGGAGAACAAAGUCUUCUCAAACCCGGGCGCCCCUGUCUACCAGUGUACAGGCUGUUGCUUCUCCAGAGCUUAUCCAACCCCACUACGGUCCAAGAAAACCAUGUUGGUCCCAAAGAACAUCACCUCUGAAGCCACAUGUUGCGUUGCAAAAGAAGGGAAAAGGGUGGUGGUCGACAACAUCAAGCUGACGAAUCAUACAGAGUGUCACUGCAGCACUUGUUAUCACCAUAAGUCAUAAACUCCAUGUGAGGGCUGGAAAUCUCCUUGUUUGCAGAAGUUAAAGCUUGGCACCAGAUACUAUAUAUUUUGCACAACUCAUUCCUGAAGUACCUUGUGUUUUAAAAGCCCAGUGCAGUCAAAAAUGUGAUUUUCCUGUGUUUUAUAUAUGUUUUCACACUACGAGGUUGGAAUAAUACUGUGAAACUGAAAAUGAUGAUAAUGCCCUUUUAGUGUAAGGUGUUUGAAAAGACCACCUGAAAUGUCAGCCUGUUUUGGUGGGAUGGAUUUGGGCCUGCCUGGUAAUGUCACCAGGCGGUAAAUUAGUUAAUCGACAAAUAAGAGAGUUCCAAACUUCUCUGCCAAUAACAGCUAGUUUAAAAUGUUCCCCUUCCACUCAGACCCCUCCCAGGCAGUCCUAGCAAAUUCUUGCUUGAGAAAUUGCUCUUUGCUAAGAAGCUAUUUUUGUUUUUUUGACCAUUUUAAUUGAAAACAAUCACAUUAAGAUACUUAAUUGUUACCCUGAAAUGAUGCGAUAUUGAGAUAAAAACAGCUGCAUUGGACCAUCAAGGGAAAUCACAUAUUAGAAAAUCAUUGUGAUCCACCAAAGGGGAUAGUCUGCUGAGAAUAUUUAUAGUGCUCUAAUGGUCACAAUUAUAUAAAGUUGUAUUCCUGUACUGUGUUGAUCAA